AUGUUACUUCUAUUUACUAUUACCAUUAUUUAGUUUGUGCCUACAGCGAGAAACCAGAUCAUCUAGUAAGUUAAAGUGUAUAUUCAAUAGACAACAGAUAGAAAUGGGAUGUAAGACUGCUCAGAACGGGGCUUGUUAAGAAUUAUGCCCAUUAGGAUAAUUUGAUUGUUAGAACUAUUAGAUCAAAUGUGAGUAUGGAUACUUCCUAUUAUUUGGAUCUUCAUGUGUACCAUGGUAAGAACAGAAACCUAUGUAGCCCUUAUUAAAAGGUUGUUGAUAGCUUCACUUUAUAUUGCAUGGAUUGCGUAGAGCACCCUUAUACUUGGUGGAGUAAUAGAACUUGCUCGUAUGAGUAUUCAAUCGAAAGCGGAGAUUAUAUGAAGGGGACAUAUAUUCGUAAAACAAAGGAAUACACCGAAUUGUAUUUUAUUGGUCCUUCAACUUCUAGCGGAGUGAACUUGGAUUCGAUCACAAGAGAUGUAAAUGUUAAAUAUAAGUAUAUAGGUGUAAUUCUAAUACGAAACUUACAUCUGUUCAGGUUGUAAGAGAUUCUGCAUUCCAGGGACAACUGAAAAUUGUAAUAGUAUUAGUUCUCCUUAUGCCGAGGACAGUGCAAUUGGAAUUGAGUGUUUAUUGACUUAUGAGUUCAAAAAUCAGUUGUGUAUCAGUUGUCCAUAGGAUUGUUUAAAGUGUUCGAACGGAUAAUGCACAUAGUGUAAUGAUGGAUAUAUGAUAAAAAAUGGUUUAUGUUAAAAAUGUCAAGACGGCUGUUUAAAUUGUUUUGUGGUGCAAUUGUAGACUGUAUGCACUAAAUGUAAAGAAGGAAUGGUGGCCUCAUUAGAUUAGAAACAAUGCGAAUAUUGUGGGAACGAAUGCAAGAGGUGUGAAUAUGUAUCUUAUUCUUCAAAUGUGCAAUAUCAUUAUCCAACAAGGACAAUGAUUAAGAUAGAAGAUAUAAGCAAAUAAAAUGAAUACAUUAAAAGGUGUAGACAGUGUUCCACCUAGAGUUUUGUAAGUCAUAAUGGUAUGGAUUGUGUGACAUGUUAAAUACCAAGAUGCGAUUUAUGUUAUUACAACAUUAGAGGAGAUGUGACAACCAUGGAUUACGAUUUUGAACCAAGUAAGGCUAACGAUCUUGUAUCAAAUUUAUUGUGUUUCAAAUGCGUCAGUGGUUAUACUGUCAGUGCUGAUAAAUAAAGUUGUGUAUAGUCUGUUCCUGCGCCUGAUCAAUGUGAUAGGAAAUACACAGAUGUCACUUUAAAAUGCAGACAAUGCAUCAGCAACGUAAUACUCAACCAAUUCAGUAAUACUUGUUCUAGUUCUUGCACAUCCUACAUAAGUUAUUGUUCAAAUUGCUUUUCUUAUAAGAGUUUGGAUCAAACAUAAUACACAGAUGGGUCAGGUUAAAUAUUCACAAAGGCUGCUCAAACACUAUACUAAUGUAUUUAAUGCGGCGAUGGAUAUUUUCCAAACAUCUUUACUGGCUUUUGUGAUGCCUGUCCCAAUAAUUGUCAAAAAUGUUGGCAAUAUUCUCAGACCUAUAACUUUACUGAUUACCUAUUUAAAAUGCAACCAAUCAGUAACUCACUAAAGGAGACUUUCUUAAAUGACAUCCCCAUUAAUAUUUAAUGCACAUCAUGUAAUUUUGGCUAUCAAUUGUAUGGCAACGAAUGUUUAGGUUGUAGUAGCAAUUGCUAAGUUGAGAAUCAAGUCGUAAGUGUUGACUAAAUUAACAGUUGUGUCUUUAAAUCAACCUAUGCUUUCUGCGGAGAAUGUUAUGAUACAUUUAAUGAUAGAUCAUUAGUAUCGGAUAAAUCUGAAUGCAUCGAAUGUCCAUUGAAUUGUUUGGCCUGCAGAGAAAGAUUACAGUAUGAAAUCACUAACUACUACUUCAAUCCUGAUAAUCCCAACUUACUCCAAUAUGGUAGACUGUGUUACAAAGUGCAGGCUAUGACUAUGUCCAAUCUUCAAAGUAUUUCAUAUAAUUCUUACUUGAAUCUGCCUAUUUUGUGUGGCUAUCAACAAGCAGCUUCUUCCAAUACUAAAAGAUGUCGACAUACUGCUGAAAUCACUGUUCAUGUGUAUUGCAACGACGAUGAGUAUUAUUCUAUCUAUCAAACCUUAACUGACGAUUAAAAGUUAUAUCAUUACAGCUUAAGUGAUUAUUAUUAUAUUGACAUUGAGGAAGUUGCAUCAAUAGAAUUUACAGAUUUGGAGACUUUUCAAUUAUACUAAGUUAUGAAUUAAGCACCAUUAGAAGAAUUGACACUCAAUAUAUUAUUUACUAAUUCCAUUGAUUACUAAUGCACAUUUAAAAAGUCAACAUAAUUAGUAACAGAUUUCCAUAAAAAUGUAUAUGCUUUGACAAAAUUCUAAGUCAACAUUCUAAGUGCUCAUAAUGUGCCAAUUACAUUCCAUAUAACCAACAAUUUCUAUUUGUAGGAUUUCCCUUUUGUGAUGAUCAAAAAUAUCAACAUCUAUUCCUAUCUGAAUAAUGACUUUGGACUAAUAAUAACUAAUAGUGUUUUAUCAACCUACUUGUAGAUAUAGUAUUGCAAAUUAGGAUAUGAAUACUCCAAAUCAUAGGAAUCCUAAGUAUUUACUUUAAAAUUACAAAGCAUCAAUUACUUAGAGUUUUUAGAUGUUUACAUCUAAAACCUAUUGUAUGUGGAUUAAAUAGAUAUUAAUUAGGAAAAGCUUACGAGCUACUAGUUUUAGUUCACUAAUCUCUAUUUUUCUAUGAAUCAAUUUAUAAAUAAUACACUCUUUCCAUUGACACCUUUUGGUACAGUAAAUAUCAACAAUUUAGUCAUUUCAGAUUGCAUUUUCAAUGGGACAUCAUUGUUUAUUAAUUAACAAGAAUAUCAAUUAUUUGUCUCCUUGUUUUCGAUUUCAUAAUUGACUAUCAGACAGUCAAAGUUUUAUUAAUCAUCAAGUAUAAUUAAAUCUAGCUACAUUCUCUCAUUAUCCAUUAAUCAAUUAGACAUAGUAGGGAAUAGAUUUAAUGAUAGCGAAUUAUUCAUCUGCAAUACUUACUCUGUAUAAAACGUUUACAUCUAUAUGAAUGUCUUUACAAACGGAUCACUUAUAUUUACAACUUCUGAUCAAGUUCCAGAUUAAUAAUAAUUUUAUUAGGUCAUCAAAAAUUAUCCAUUUGAAAUAUCAAACUUAAAAUUUGUGGAGAAUACUUGUUACAACAUCAAUUGUUUGAUGCUCAUAUUAACACCAUACAAUUAGUUAGAGUUACGUUCAAAUUUGGUGAUGAAGAACAUCUACAUCUAUAAUAACUAUGUAGAACUCUCUUUAAUUCAAAGAUUAUCAGUUUCUUCUGCAAUCAUUAGAGCUACUCAAAUCAACAGAGCCAAAUUAACUAAUAUCGUAAUUGACACUUAAUUAGCUAUUACUGUAAUUUCCUUUCAAGAUAUAGCAUCUUUGGAAGUGUCCACAUUCUUAUGUGAUUAUUCCAAGAAUAUUAUUGGUGUGAAAGACACUAGUCCUCGUACUAAAAUUGUUAAUGAUACUAUCAUUCAAUAUCCUUUUAAUAACAAAUUACCCAGCACUACUACUUGUUCAUAUGAAAAAUAAUCAUUCGGCAGUUAUAAUGGCUAUUGUUUAGAUGUUUAGGAUUUCUUAUUUGGAGUCAAAAUCUCAGAUGCUUCUCUCAAAGGACUAUUAGGAAUCGAUAACGGAUUCAUUUAUAUUUAAUCAUUUGAGUCUCUGAUGAAAUAAACUAGUAGCUUAAUUAUUUAAACAGGCACCAACAAUGCAUCUGAAUUUUUCUAUGGUUACACUAAUGAAGUCAUAAUCCUAGAGAAUAUAAAUAUCUUCAAUACAUCAAUCUCAGUAUCAAAUCCAGUAACUGACAUUGGAAGUGUCAUUAUCGAAUCUGAUUAGCUUCAAACGAUACUUAUCAAUAAUGUGUAAAUGAUAGGCAACCAUUUACAUCAACUAGUUGAAUCUGUCACCAUGGAAAUAUCUACAUGUUUUACUAUACUUAGUCCAAAUGGAGUUAUAAGCAUUCAAAACAUGGUUGCUUAGAAUAAUAGAGCCACUUAAUCACAAUAUGGUAUCAAUAUCAUAAAAUGUCAAUCUUUAAAAUUAUUGACCUCUUUGUUUAACUACACAAAUAUGAUGGAACCAAAUUGGCUAGAUAGAUUCGAUGAAUAUCAAGUGAGUACUUAUUCUUAGUUGUUGGGCAAAUUCACCAUCGAUUCCGAGGGUUCAAAUAUAUAUAUCCAAUGUAAAAAACUAGAACUUGAUGAAAUCAAAUUUAUGAAUGGCAAGUCUCUUAUGGGAACAGCCUUCUAUUUCUUAGGUCAAGAUCUAGCCUCCAUUGUUAUUAGCAAUACUGAAUUCACUAAUCUAUCUACAUCAUUGGAAUAUGUUGAUUAGGCAUAUGGAGGUUCGCUGUAUCUGAACCUAUAGAAGUCCAAUUAUGAUAUUAAAUUGAACAAAGUCACUAUGAAUCAUAGUGUGUCAAGAGUAGCUGGAGGUUGUAUUUAUGUAUAAACAUCCAUGUAUGAACAAGAAAUAUCUAUUAAGGACAGUCAAUUUAUUGAAUGCUCAUCCCUAUAGAGUUCAUUAAUAGAUAUAUCAUUUUCAGUGUCUUCAUUAGUAUUACCAAUAGUGAGUAUUACUAAUACAAAUAUAAUAAAUAAUAAUUUUGAAGAAUUUUUAAAACAAUUAGUGGAUAUCAGUUAUGAAGAAGAGCAAUUGAUUAUAUCUGGGAUAAGCUUAAUUAAAUAGAAUUAUGGUAUCUUAGAAAUUCAAUCCAGCUAGUUUAUCAAUAUACAGAUUCAAGGGUUGAUGGUGCUUAUGAAUAUGUUUACAGUUAUUCUGCAGGAUUUAACAAUUAAAGAUAUUACAAUAUUUACGUAAUCAUUAAUAGAGAUCACUCAUUACACGAAGUAGUCAACGGUAGAAUUACAGAAUAUAGUUAUUACAAAUAUUACUGAAUAGAAAGUACUGACAGAAGAAUAGUUUGUAUACAAAUUCAACAGUAAUUGUUAAUCGAUUUCUUCGUUGUUAGAGCUUGCUAAAGUUUAGACUUGUGAAGAACAAGAAGAUUUAAGAACCUUUUACUAGGAUAUCUAUGAUUACAGACAAAUAGCACAAACCAAACUGGAUAAUACAACACUAUACAGCUAUUAUGACUAGUUAUCCUAUUCAGAUAAAUAUAUAUUGAGUGAAAUUAAAUUGAACACUUAUAGAGAAAUCAAAUCUUUCUAUUCAUCAGCCAAAGUACUUAUGGUAGAUAACACAAUAAAAUAAACAGAAUAUGGUUUAUGUUAUUUUACCAAUUUAUAAUCUACAUAUUCAAUUGAUAACAAUCCUUAAUUCAUUAAAUUAAGCAAUGUUAAAUCUAAUAACUUGAUCAAUAUGAUUUCAGUAACCAUCAAAAAUACUUACUGCAAUAGAUGCAAAUAAGGACUGAUAUUAAUCAAUAAUUAUGACUUGUCAGCAUACCAUACAACCAAUAUCUUUGGAAUGACUUGUUAAAAUAAUACAAUUGGUUACUUUGGAUGUUUAGUCCUAACUACUCAAGAAACACCUGAAUUCAAUAUUACUUACAGUAAUAGGAUCCUACAGAGUUCCACUACCACUCAAAAGUAUAACAUAAUACUGCAGCAAAGUCGAUUUUAAAGUAAUUCAGCUUAGAUAGGAGCAGCCAUAUCUGUUGUUGGGUUGAGUGCACAAAUAACUGACACUCAAUUUAUGGAUAACAAGGCAACAUUAAUUGGAGGAGGAAUGGCAUUUGUUUACAAUUCAGAAAGUUAGAAUAUCUUAGAUCAAUUUAACAAUAAUUUCAUUAAUAAUGAUGCUCAAUUAGGAAGUGCUGUUUAUAUGAUGAAUAAUAAUCUAAAUAAUCUUGAAAAUUCAUAGAUUUUCAUUCUCCAUAACACCAAUACCUAAAUAGAAUAAAUACCAGAAAAGUUAGGUUUGAUGAUGAAAGAGGGUUAAUUAAUGGAUAUCUCGGUUUUCUAAGAAAAUGAUGGAGACUUGAAUGAUGAUAAUAUAAUUGAUAACUCAAAUGUACAAAUUAUUGACAUUGUGAAUGUUAAAUCAACCAAAUUGCCAAACAUAGAGAGCAACUACUUAUUACUUCCUUCUGGUUAAUAAAUAUCUUAAUACAAAUAUUACUAUGAAGAUACCUAAGAAUAAAUACCUUAUAAUUGGAUAUUUAGAAUUUACAAUUUAGAUAAGAAUCUAAAUAUCAUAAAAUCUAUUUCAACUACUGAGACCUGCACUGUUUCAGGACGAUUGAUGGAUGAAUUGAAUUUAGAUUACACUAAGUAGUUUUUGAUGAAUUUCACUUCACAAUCUGUAUUCUAAUUUGAUGUUUCUAGUAAUUCAUUUAAUUUUGAUAACUUACAAAUAUAUUUCGAUCCGUACUUGCAGGAUUAAAUCUUCUUAUAACUCAAAUGUAACCAAUUAUUAUCUAUAUAUUAGUCUCAUGCACUUCCAUAAAGAUCCCAAUAUAUAAUCAACAGUCUCCUUAUAAUGUGCUCUCCUAUAAUAAAAACUAUGCACUCUAUUUGAAUUUGAGAACCAUUCCUUGCUAAAUUGGAGAAGCCUACUUAGAUUAGAAAUGUACCUCGUGUAGCUCAGACAAUACAUAUUCUGUUCAAGAGAACAGUGUACAAUGUAAAGGCAUAAAUUCAAUUCAAAUGGAAAAGGUCACUCCUGUUAGAAUCAAAUUGAGAGAACAAUAUUGGAGACCUCUUCCAAAAAAUGAUAAUAUUGAAGAAUGUUAUAACUUGCCUUCUAAUUGUCUUGGAGGUUGGGUUCCUGGUGAUACAUCUUGUUAUGAUGGCCAUAUUGGAGCUUUGUGUGAAUAAUGCGACAUCUAUGGAAUCAGAGGGCCUUAAUAUUCAGUAAGCAAAAAAUACACUUGCGGUGCUUGUUCGGACACUCUUGAAUCAAAUAUUCUAAUCAUUAUUGGUAUUUCAAUAUUCACUCUUGUGACCAUGAUCAUGUCAGUCAAGGGCAACUAUUCAUUUAUUGAAAACUUAAUCCAUCAGCAAGUUCUAUAAUCAAUAGGUGCAAGAAUAAACAUACAAUCAAGUAAAUAUAGUACAUUAUGUAGAUAAUGCAUCUAUUAUUAUGAAAUAAUUAACCAAUUAUUUAUAAAUCAUUGCAGCUUUAACUACAUUCAGAAUUUCUAUACCUACUGCCUUCGUUUCAUCCAUGGAAGUUUUGGGAAAUCCUACUCAAUCUAUGGCAUAUUCUUUAGAUUGUUUUUUAGUUACUUUUGCAACAAUCGAUUUAUUGUACUUCAGAAUGGCAUGGGCAUUGUUAAUGCCUUUAUUUUAUAUGAUUUUAUUCUUUUUUGGUUAUUUUACAGGAGUGCUAAUGAGGAUUGCACCUUUUAAGAUAGGAAUCAUAUACACUACAUUUAUUUAUAUGUUCAUCUACUUACAACCUACUUUAGUUGGAGGGUUCAUAUCAUUAUUGAGUUCAAGAACAGUCAGUGGAAUCGAAUGGGUUUAAAGCAAUGUUAGCUAUCAAUAUUAUACUGACAUGCAUCAAUAUUACAUUUAUAUAUUUAUUGGUCCAAAUCUAUUGCUUUGGAGUAUCUUGCUGCCUUUGACCUUUAUGCAUCUCAUCAGAAGGAAUAAGCACCAAUUAGAAACUAUGGAAAUACGAAAGAGAUGGGGAUUCUUCUAUCAUGAAUACACUAAUUAAGCAUAUCUUUGGGAAUUCGUGAAAAUCUUUGAAAAGGAACUUGUGAUCAUCUCUUUGACCUACUAUGAAAAUAAAAUAGUUAUUAAGGGAUUAAUCAUAUUUCUAAUUGUAUUUCUUUAUGGAGCAUUUUCAUUUACAUUUAUUCCUUACAAAUAGAAAAAGCUUAACUUUAUUGAUUAAAUGUCCACUGCAGUGUGUUCCUGCUCAUUAUGUUUAGGAGUUCUUAUUUAUGCUAGUCAAAAUGAAAAUUUAGAUUAUCUAUAAUACAUAAUGUUCUUAGUAAUCGCAAUAAUCAACUCUCUUUUGAUAGUUUUAAUCCUCUAUCACUUGUUUGAAGGGUACAUCAAUCAAUUUAAUGACAAACUGGAUAUUGUGAGAACCAAAUUUAAAUAAAUGUUCCCAAACAUUGAAUUCUAAUACCCUUGCCUCAAAAAGUUUCUAAUCAACAAAAAAGAGAUGAAGGAACGGGUUAUCAAUUAUUGGGCAAUACUCAGGUAUGAAACCAGAGAGGGUAUAAAACGGAGAAGAACAGAUAAGAGUGCUCCUCUCAUCAUAUAGAAAAGAAAGAAAUCAACCUCAGGUUCUUCAGAUUUAUCAGAAAAGGAUCUGGAAAUUAAGCAAGGUAAUUCUAUGGACCACCACAGAGAUGUGAAUAGUCCAGACAGAGACGGUAAGGAUGACGACGUAAAGUUACUCAAAAGACCAAGUUCGAAUUAUAAAGGAUUGAACGUGUAAUAAAAUUCUUUGGAUUCCUCGGAAAAUUUAAGUAAAGUGUUCCCUGAAGUUAUUUCUGAAAUCCCUUCAACUCGAAAAGAAGAUAAAGAUACCAAGAAAAUUAUAUUGAAGAGACCAUUAUGA